UGGUGUAACGGACGAUAACAAAAUACACUCUCAGCAACAAAAAUUUAAACUAAAACAGUUGAAUUGAAUGAUAAGUAGUUAAUUCAGUUUCCAUUGUUUAACCUACACUUCUGUUAAAGUCACAGAUAUUCAACUAUACGAAAUAACACAGAGCUUUAAAAAUGAGCGAAGCAGAGGAAUCAAGGCCUUGUCAAGGUCUCACUGCGUUACACAAUAUCAAUAGGCGUACUGGCGGAGCAGCGAAAAGCGGCAAGACCAAAAACAACCUUCUGGACUACUUUCACCCGAGAGACAAUGAGCAUAGGAAAAAAGUAUCCAAAUCUACUCAAGUAAACAGCACAUGGAUUACAGAAGAAGAUAUUUCAAGUGAUGUCCCUAGUGAACAUUUUUGGCAAAAUGUAGCAGAGAAGAGGCGUGUGGCCUUAGAAGAGGCUUUAGGCGAAAACGAGAGGUUGUGUAAAUUGUAUGAAUCAUUGUCAAUAGAAAAUGAUCAAUACAAAACUUUGCUUGAGGAGGCUAACAGCUUUGUAGAAGUUUUUAAAGAAUUAGUUCAGGAUAAUGCUGAUGAUACCGGCAUUGACGUUGGAGAUUUGAGUACAUCUGCUGAAGCAGAAUAAAUUCUGAAGACUGAGUAAUUUUAAUGUAUUUUUUUGUUUUACAAUUUGUCAUUUUGUGAUUUGCCUUAUUGAUGUACCUUAUUAAUAAAUAAAUAUUGUCUGAUUAAAUUGUCUUUUAUCCUAA